UUGGGGGCCACACCCAGCUUUGCUUAGAGCUGAGCCCGGCUCUGUGCUUAAGAUCACUACUGGUGAUAUUCGGAUUUUUUAAAAUCUAUUUAAUGCCUUUCAGUCUCUCGAUAGUUGUUGAAAUUUAAUGGAUAGUUCCUUCAUUUUGUAGGUAUUACUACACCUGGACAGUUUUAAGUAGAACUAAUAAAUCAGGUUCUGCAGGACUCUGGGUCAAGUGUAUUUAUUUUUGUUUUUUGUACCACACCCCCGUGGUGCUCAGGACUAUUAUACUGGCUCUGUGCUCAGGGAUUACACCUGGCGGGGCUCAAGGAACCAUUUGGUCGGUCAGGGACCCAUCCUAGGUUGGCUGCGUGUAAGACAAGUUCCCUACUCACUGUACUAUUGUCCCAGUCCCUCACACACUUUUUAUCUUACUGCCCCAAUACAUUUUUCCCUUUUUUUUUUCCUUUUGGGUCACAACCAGCAAUGCCCAAGGGUUACUCCUGGCUCUGCACUCAGGAGUUAACUCCUGUCAGUGCUCAGGGGACCAUAUGGGAUGCCGGGAUUGAACUGGAGUCUGCCGCGUGCAAAGCUCUACCCCUUGUACUAUCACUCCAACUCCCGAUUUUUUCAUUUUUUUACAGCAACAAAAUGCCUACUGCCCUAAAAUAGUAUAAACCCUUCUAUAACCGUUAGACUUUUUUGCCCCUCAUACCCAGUUGUGCUCAGGCCACAUCUGGCUCUGGCUGCUGAUGGGUGGACCAUACAUAUCUGCUGCCUGAGAUUGAAUCCCUGGUUACAGCUACAGCUUCUAUCCCACACUUUUGUUUCUCUUACAUUAGAAAAUCAAGUUCAUGUUCUCUGCUCUACCACUAACCUACAACCUUGGUCAAAUGUUUUUUUUUUAUUUUGGGGGACCUCACCAAUGGCACUAUAGGGGACUAUUUCCUGCAGUACCUGGCCCCGGCCUCCUCCAUAUGAAGCAUGUACUCCAGCCCUGUGAACCAUCUUGAGUCCUCAAAUUUUACUGUUUUAAAUUACAAGACUUAACAACAACAACAACAACAAACCUUGAGGGCAAAGGCAGUGUGUGGAAUAUAAAGAAAGAAGACCCAAUUUUCCUUGUGUCAUUUGCUCUGUUACUUGGCACUAUUCAAUUAUAGCCUCUUUACAAUCCUUACCUUUUACUAUUUGAGAACUUAUUAACCACCGGAAAUUAAUAAGUUCUUUACAAACAUUGCUAUUAUAUAUUUAUGGUAGGCCUCUGCCAGGAGCUUUAUGUGCGUUAUCAAUUAUGAUCAAUCCUAUGAAACUGGUUUGCUCAUUUACAGCUGAAAAAGUAGAAUAGGGGCCAGAGCAAUAGUACAGAGGGUAGGGCACUUCCCUUACAUACGGCCAACCCAGGUUCCAUCCCUGGCAUCCCAUAUGGUUCUCUGAGACUCAGAAGUAACUCCUGAGCACACCAGGAGUGACUCAAAUACAAAACAAAAAAAAACAGGAAUAGGGCCUAGGAUGAGGCUUGGUGGUAAAGCACAAGAUAUGUGAGGCACUGGAGUUGGGGUGCCCUUGGGUGGAGCAUCAAAGAUCUAAUAAUUAGUAGACUUAGAACUUCAACCCACUAUACCUAAUAAAUAAUUUGGAGGGGGUUUGGGGCACACCCAGCCAUGCUCAGGAAUUGCUGCUGGCUCUGCAACUCAGGAAUCACUCCUGGCAGGACUCGGAGGACAUGUGGGUACCAGGGAUGAACCCAGGUUGGCCUAGUGCAAGACAAGUGCCCUACCCGCUGUACUACCCCUCUCUGGCAAACACACACAAAAUUCUUAAAACAGAAGGUGUUCACCAACUGCAUCCAAAGCUACUACUACCCCCUCACCCCCAUGCCCCCUGGGGGACAGUAUUGCCUACUUGAGGAAACAUUUAAAUUCUGUAAUAAUGUUGAAAAAAUGAAUUCACUUAUUUAUCAAUAAAGUUUUCUGAGAAUGUUUCCCCCCAAUUGUAAGCGUCAGAGAGGAAGCCUCCCACCCACCAUGUCCUAGCACCUACCUGGUUUAUUCCUGCUCUAAAGCUCUUAAUCAGGUAGUAUUGAAAGGUUUACUCAGUAAGCUUUCUUGGACUGACUUUUCAAGGCCAGAGACUCUGUCAUUCAUUUAGAUAUCCUCAAGGCUUAACCAGUUCCUAAUAAACAACUGGGACUCCAAUCAACUUACUAAGUGAAUGCAAGAAAUGAGUCCACCUUUUUCCAAUGCUGCACAUACACCAUCCAGCUCCAUUAGUUCAAAAGGCACAGGCUUCAACUUUUUCAUAAUUCCUUAGAGACCCCCUGGACAUAGCAGUGUAUUAUGGAGUGGACGCAACCAGAAGAGGGGGAGGAAGGCCAAACACUAAGUAACCCAGGCUUGUGCUGGAAAACAAGCUUGAAGUUACUCAUUAGCAGGGGAAAGGGUCAAGGAUCAAGGCAAGGGGGCUGGAAGCCAUGUGGACCGACCACGCAGCCUGCAGGGGAGAGAUCAGUUAAGGCAUCAGCCACUCCAGGAAAAGCACCAGUCCCUUCCUGCCUUAGAGAUGUUACACCAGAUCUGGGCAGCUCUAUUCUACCUUUAUGGCAUUCUCCUUAACUCCAUCUACCAAUGUCCUGAGUACCAUCAACUGACAACUCAAGAAGUAGAUGGGAAAGAGUUCCCAGAGCCCCACCUGGGCCAGUGGUACUUUAUCGCAGGGGCAGCUCCCACCAAGGAAGAAUUGGCAACUUUCGACCCAGUGGAUAACAUUGUCUUCGACAUGGCUGCAGGCUCUGCUCCCAUGCAGCUCCAGCUUCGCGCUACCAUCCGCAUGAAAAAUGGAAUCUGUGUACCCAGAAAAUGGAUCUACCACCUGACUGAGGGGAGCACAGAUCUCAGAACUGAAGGCCGCCCUGACAUGAUGACCAAGCUUUUCUCCAGCUCAUGCCCAGAUGGAAUCAUGCUGAAGGAGACGGGUCAGGGCUACCAGCGCUUCCUCCUCUACAAUCGAUCACCACACCCUCCGGAGAAAUGCGUGGAGGAAUUCCAGUCCCUGACCUCCUGCCUGGCCGCCAAGGCCUUCUUACUGACUCCCAGAAAUCAAGGUGAGGGGGUAAAGUCCCACAGGCGAUGACUAAGACUCACAUCUUCGGGGAGUGCUGUCUCACUGGGACUCCAGUGAUGUCACCAGAGGGCCUGGCCCGAAGGCUGACAUUGGCAAAGCGUUGAUCCCUCCUUCAUGGCUGCAAGGGCACCAGAGGGAGUGGCCAAGAGCUGCGAUGUCACCUAUGGAGCCAGGAUGGGCUCUGAGCUACUUGAAAGAGAAGUUCCUGCAGUUUGCAGUGAAGACAGCGGGGAGAGGGGCCAUUAUGGAGGGGGCGGUCCUCAGAACCCCCUUUGUUGUCCUCGGGAAUCUAUUUUCCCCCAACCCAUAACCAACAAGUGUGCUUCUCUCUCUGGAUUUUCUUCUUUCCUGAACUCCCCCCACCCUUUCUCUCUGUCUCCCUCCUCCCAUCGCAGAGGCCUGCAGCCUGACCGGUCACUGACCUGUGGCUUCCUUUGUGCCCUCGACGGAGACGGCGGGAGCAGAGAAUGUGCUAGGGGAGACGCUAGAGCCCUUUCAAGGGGAAUAAAGAUGGCUUUUCAAUCUUGACUUCAUUUGGAGGUUUGUCUCCAAACAGCAACCCCACUCACCCCGACCCCCAUUUCAGUACCACCACCCCCCACGCCGGACCCUCCAGCUGGAAGACCUUGAAUAGCAGACACUCUCACUCUGCAGUGGUAUAUUCAGGAUUUGCUGUGGGAGCGAUUUGUUGCUGAAUAAGCAGACCCCUAAGCUCUGUAAGCCCGAGCAUCUCUCCGCACUGAUUCCCAGCGGCCAUCCCCACUCCCUCGGGCUCCCAGCAACACGCUA